CUUAUAUCAUAAGAAUUGAAGGAAAAAUAAUUGAUCAUUCACAUUAAAAUUAAUGGAAGUCAAAAGAGUACAAACUUUAGCUUGUAAUCAGCUAAAGGAGCUUCCACCACAAUUCAUUCGCUUAGCAAAUGAAAGGCCAGAGAAUACAAAGGCCAUGGAGGGUGUUACUGUGCCUAUGAUUUCAUUGUCUCAACCACAUAACCUUUUAGUGAAGAAAAUCAAUGAAGCUGCUUCUGAGUGGGGUUUCUUUGUGAUCACUGACCAUGGUAUAUCUCAAAAACUUAUUCAAAGUUUGCAAGAUGUGGGCCAGGAGUUUUUUUCUCUCCCUCAAAAGGAGAAAGAGACAUAUGCAAAUGAUCCAUCUAGUGGUAAAUUUGAUGGCUAUGGAACAAAGAUGACCAAGAACCUUGAACAAAAGGUUGAGUGGGUUGAUUAUUAUUUUCAUCUCAUGUCUCCUCAUUCUAAGUUGAAUUUUGAGAUGUGGCCCAAAAGUCCUCCUUCGUACAGGGAAGUAGUACAAGAAUACAAUAAAGAGAUGUUAAGGGUGACAGACAAUAUUUUGGAGCUUUUGUCUGAAGGACUAGAAUUGGAGAGUAAGACUUUGAAGUCUUGUUUGGGAGGUGAAGAAAUAGAAUUAGAAAUGAAGAUAAAUAUGUAUCCACCAUGUCCACAACCUGAAUUGGCAUUAGGAGUUGAGCCCCAUACUGAUAUGUCUGCCAUUACACUACUUGUUCCAAAUGAUGUUCCAGGCCUUCAAGUUUGGAAGGACAAUAAUUGGGUUGCAGUAAAUUACUUGCAAAAUGCACUCUUUGUGCACAUUGGUGACCAACUUGAGGUGUUGAGCAAUGGGAGGUACAAGAGUGUCUUGCACAGAAGCUUGGUGAACAAGGAACGCAAGCGUAUGUCCUGGGCAGUAUUUGUUGCUCCUCCACAUGAGGUCGUGGUUGGACCUCUUCCUCCGCUCGUCAAUGAUCAAAACCCUGCCAAAUUUUCAACAAAAACCUAUGCUGAGUAUCGCUAUCGCAAAUUCAACAAGAUUCCCCAGUAGGAAACAAAGGGUAAAAUAUGAUGGCUACCGCUAGCGCAGAGUUGUAUCGCGUGAUAUUAACAUCAUUUCAAAUGAGACUUUAUAUUGAUUACCACUUUUUUCAACUGUAGUGAUUAGCUAAAAUAGUAGUUAUGAUGACAUAUUGAUGGAAAUAAGAUAAGGUUUAGAGUACAAGGCAUAAAGGUCAUGGGAUUGUGAUUGUUCGCAAUGAGAUAUGGAAACAAGAUCAAUCUUCAUAAGCUAUGAGUACUGAAAUUUUAAAGAAUAGAUAGGCUAAUGUGACCACUUCCUUCUUUCAAGGACAAUAAUGUAUUAGCAAAAUCCAACUAGAACAAUUUUUCAUGAUCUUAAGAGAACCAAAAUUAUUUUCAUGAUUUGAUUCUCUUGUUUCAGUCCUUAAUAAAUAUUUUUCAUAUGA